AUGAAUCCGCGCCAAACCACACGAACUGUCCAGUCAGUCUGGCCGUUGUCUGGUCGCUACGGCCGGCUUUACCGGUGGUUAGCAAAAGUAGGUGUCAUCAUCAUUUUUGCCGUCCGCGCCUGUCCUUUUCCUGCUCCCGUCCACUGCACCUCCGCCAGCAUCCGCCGUAACAUCACCAGACAGUUGGCUUGGGCAGUUGGGGGCGCUGCGGUCUCUGCAAGCGCACUCUCGGACAUAAUAGCCCGUGGCAGGUUAACCUUUAUUCAUCCUGAAAAAGCGGUACCAUUCGAAACUACCUACAGUUACCCAUUGAAAAAAGCCCUGGUUACGGGACUCAGGCUGCCCGGGCUACUUUGCUGCCUUCCCGCCUAG